AUCUGGUUAUAAAGUACUUGUAAAUACGUAUUGUGCUGUAUUGAGAUGAAUGAAAUAUUGAAUUUUUAAAACCUAUUUGUAUGCUGCACAUCUGAAGAGCCGGCUACUCACGCUUCAAUCAAAACAUCGGCCAACUGGCGACCGCAGGAACAUUGAAUGGCCAACUGGGCGGAGUAAUUCGGUUAUGGCCACGCCCACCGGGCAAUUAUAAAGUCAAUUUGAGCUACUUUAGCAGGGGUCCUGGCAAGUCCUGCGAAAGAGUACAAACGAGUGGGGAGAGCGGAAAAGUCUUCUAAUCAAUUUACCAACGAGGCAACCCCUCAGAAGUUUGAUAAUUGCAUUGUGCUGCGCUUUGUGAAAAGUUUGUUUUUUUUUUGCCAGAGUGGGAAAUUAGAAGGCCAGCUAUAAAAUUAGCCAUAUGGCGAAGAAGGGGUUUCCCAGGUAGAAGCAUUUUCCGAUGCUUUGUUUCCUUCCCCUCCCCGUAUAAAACUGGCAAUUGCAUUUCUAUUUCCAUUUAACGGCAGCUGAGACCCUCGACUAUAAAACUUUAUCGACUUGUUAACUGAGCUUCGUAUCAAUAAAUGCCAACGUGCCACACAGACGUUGACAUGCCAUUAAAUGUCAAUGCCAAGUGCGUCUCAGGACACAUAUCCUGGAUCCUUUAGUCAGUUUUUGCAUGACGACGAGGGUGCUCUACACCCCUCGAAGCACAACAAUUGUGGAAUUUGCAAGGGUAAGUGCCAGCAUUUGGGCCAAAUUGUUGUAUAAACUCAAUGAAAUUAAAAUGCGAAAAAGAGAGAAAUGUGAGUGCAAAUAAAUGAAUGGAAUGAAAUAAAAAUGGCAAAGUAUCCGGAUCGCUUUCAUUAGUUAAUGGAUUGCUCAUGAGAUGAAUGGAGAGACCUAUUUGAAUACAGUCGUAGUGCUGAUAUCUCAACUGCACCCGCGAUUAAUCAGAAUUAUGUGCUCAAGACGCCAUAUUAGUAUUCAUUCUUAAAGUGUAAUUCAAGUAAAUCAGUCGCAAUGAAAAGCUAUCUGCUGCUGGGCAUAUUAUUAUUAUACUAUCUGUGCAUGUUUUUGCUGAUUGAGGGACGGAGUGCUGGGAUCAAAGAGAAAAGCGACCAUAGCACAAAUAUGCAUCUUCUCUGCCCAACUUUUUCAAACAUUUCUCUGCAGAACAUAACCCGUCUCUAUAGAUCAAGUUUGGGUGGACGCGUACAAACGGAUCACUUGGGAAGAUCACGGACUCACCAUCGGAGAAGAGUUCCAACUAGGCGUCGAAAUAAGCCAAAACUUAACCAUUCUCUACAGCAAAUUGCUUGAAUAAAGAUACUUUUAUGAUCCAAA